GCUGCCGCUCGCAGGACCGCACUGGGCAUUAUCAGAUGGUUAGCUUAGCUCACGUUUAAGGUAUGCCCCGUCGCCGUCCUUUCAUCCGCAAGAUAAAGUAUCCGUUGGAAUGACGUGGCAGUCGAGAAGGGGACCAUGGAGACUCUCUCCCGGGGUCUCAUCGCUGCGACGGAGCGAGUGACGGGUUGGUGCGACUGAUGUCAGCUUGUGACUGCAACAGAGAUCACUCACCAUGAGUGGAGAGCACACAGACAUCCUGUCAACGGCAGAUGUGGUCCGAGACAGAUGGAGAGUGGUGCGAAAAAUAGGCGGAGGUGGCUUCGGGGAGGUCUACGAGGUCUUGGACCUGCUGAGCCAAGCCACUGUCGCUAUGAAGGUGGAGUCUGCCACCCACCCCAAACCUGUGCAGAGGACAGAGGCUGCUGUGUUGAAGAAGCUGCAGGGCAAAGAUCACGUGUGCCGCUUUGUCAGUGCUGGAAGAAAUGAACGCUUCAACUAUGUGGUGAUGGAACUCCAGGGGAGGAACCUGGCAGAUCUGCGCAGAAGCAGGGCCCGUGCAACAUUCUCCGUCUCAACAACACUGAGACUCGGCAAGCAGAUUUUACAAGCCAUUGAAAGCAUCCACUCAGUGGGCUUCCUGCACCGCGACAUUAAACCGGCUAACUUUGCAAUGGGAAGACUAGCAAGUACCUGCAGGUGCUGCUACAUGUUGGACUUUGGUUUGGCCCGACAAUAUAUGACCUCCACCCAGGAACUGCGUCCACCUCGUUCUGUGGCAGGCUUCAGAGGAACCGUGCGAUACGCUUCAAUCAAUACUCAUAGAAAUAAGGAAAUAGGUCGUCAUGACGAUCUGUGGUCCCUCUUCUACAUGUUGGUUGAAUUCAUGUCUGGUCAGCUGCCAUGGAGGAAAUUUAAAGAUAAGGAACAAGUCGGAAAUCUAAAAGAAUCAUACGACCAUCAUCAGAUGCUUAAACACCUGCCAUCUGAGUUCAGUGCUUUCCUGGAUCACAUCCUCAGCUUGGACUAUUACACAAAGCCUGACUACGAGCUCCUGAUGUCGCUGUUUGAGAGCGCUAUGAAAAGCCACAAUGUUCUGCACAAUGACCCCUACGACUGGGAGAAAUGCGACUCCGAGGACAUGCUGGCUGUCACUGCAGUUGUGCCGACUGGCCAGGAGCUCACCCGCCUCACGCCAGCACACUUGGGCAUGGCCAAUGCUUCUGUGCUGCCAGUGGAGCUGCAGAAGGAAAACACUGAGGAUGUCCUCAUGCUCGGGGAACGCUUCAGUGAUGCUGACAAUUGCCCACCUAUGCCCACCCCGUCCGGGCCUGUGAGAGACAUAUGGGAAGAGAUGGACCGCAUACAAAACCAGAAACAUGUUGAGCCGGUGAUCAGGAAGGUGGCGACUGAGGACGAGCACAGUCAGAACCAUGGCAACCAGAGCCCAGCUGGGUCUAUGCAGAGCUCUCCGAGACGAGUGCGAUCUGAGACAAUGUUCCUGGACCGGGCUGUGCCACUGCUCCGCAAGAUGCGACAGAGCCAGAGCUUGGCGUUUGAAAGGAGGCUAGCACCUGAACCCAAGCCUACUAUUGAACGUUUUCUUGAAUCCUGUCGGGGCAAACCACCAGCCCUUUCACAACUUGGGGAGAAAGCCGUGCCUGAUGAACACUCUGGCACCGGGACCGCCGACCCCCAGGACGGCGGGGUCAGCGGUGGCUUUGUCGCGGUCAACGUCAGUCCUGUGGUCCAAGAGGGAGACUCCCAGGAGUGGGUCGUGCUGGAACUGGACCAAGGCAGUAGUUCCGGAGCCAUCAAGCCUUCAGCUGAAGCCCAUCGUGAGGACAAGCCAGGGGGGACCCGCGGCACUGCUGACACUGAGAACCAUUCGUCUGGGCUGCAGGAUGGUCCGGCUGUACCGGGCAGUCCUCUUCUGUCACACCGCUCUGUGGGUUCGUGGUUACUUGGCCACAAGAGGCUGCCAGGAAUGUUGGGACAGAUGCCUUCAGUCAUGGGAAGACCCCACAUGGAUCAGUCUUCCAGCUACACACCACCGUCUCCUGUUCUUGAGAAGAGCGAUCCAAUGCCUGUAGAAGCCACGUCCAGUAAAUCUGAUGAACUCCGGAAAGAUGGAGGGAAGACUGAAUUUGCUCCAUCAAGCCCUCUUAAAGGAUCCACUACUCUCCUGACAAAAGACCCAGAGAGUGAUUCUGGUCUGCCUGACUGUUCUUCAGAACUGAACCAGCAGCCUCAAACUGUCUCUGCAGCCAUCGCUUCUUUACGGCCCAAAGACUCUCCCUCCUCGCCUAGACUGAGCCGCAUCCCGAUACGAGAUGUCAGCACUCCCCCGGACUCUCCGAGCAAGAACAUUCAAAGGGAAAGACGACACCGCUGGAGUAGCCCGGUCCCUGGAUCCCCCACGCACUCCCCUUCUCCGUCUCUGUCCUGUGAAAACCUGCCGGCCACUUUGCCCCGAGAACGGCUCUCCUCGGAGCGAGGCUCAAGGUCGGACUGUGGAGGGGAAGACCCUCUUUCCCUGUCUUCCUCAUCGGGCAGUAAAAGUAAAAUCCCACGACCCAUGAGUGCCACUUUUGUUCCUGAGCAGCUCACCAGCAGGUUUACGCCUCACCCACCUCCUGGUAAACCCUCCGCGGGCCCUUGUGCCGACCAUAGGCGGCGGCACUUGAGAGUACGAGCUAGCAGCGCCAGCGACGCCGACUCCCUGUGCAGCCUGAAUCAACUGGUGCAGGACCACGGCGGCGUGCUCAUCAGUGCGCCUCCUCCUUGCCCUUGCAACUCUUCCUCCUCCCUCCUGCAGCGUUCGCUCAGCUGCUCCCCAUCCCGCCAGGAGCCCCGUGACGUCAGAGCGUCUCAGGGACGCAGCUGCUCCCCGUCUAGCUUCUCCGGGUCUUCCCCACCGCCGCCACCGCUGAUGCCUCCCCCUCCACCUCCACCUCGGCACGGUCCUCUGCAAGCCAGGUCCUCCGGGCAGGGUCAGUGGGGGCCUCGCUCCAUGGGGCGGGGCUUGAGCCAGGACGGUAAAGGCUCAGGAAAACUGGCUCGGUGAUGAACAGGAAAAACUGAUCUGGAUUGCACGUGUAAAUACGGUAUUGGCUUCAAGGGAAUGUAUACUGUAUGUAUAAAAAUGUAUUUAUUUAUUUAUUUGCUACAUUAGCUUACGUUAAACCAUACAUUGUAGAAUCCCUUAAAUAGAUACACUUCAGGAAUGAAAAUGGUUGCAACCAGGCUGCAAAAUUCGAGUGUAAUUUUUGCACACUGGUUGCAGCCUUAAAAGCCAGCAGCAUGUUUGUGAGUUUUAUCCAUGUACAUAUAAGGGAAUGCCAUCAAAUUAUUGUGUAUUUGUAUACGACAUACAAUGAGUUUAUGUUUAUAGAUCAUCCAGAACUAAUAAUUAUCAUGCUAAACGAAUGGAAAUACAGUACAUACUCAUUCUGACACUUGAAAGAACACUAAGAGAAAGGAGCGUCAAUCCUCUGUCAACUUAAAAAAAAAAAAAAGGUCUUUCAUUUUGUAGGUAAGAUAGCAAAAAAUCUGCUCUGAAAUGCUGCUGUUGCCUAAAAAAGGGAUUUGUUUUUGUGUCUUUUGAGUUGUCAUGUCAUCAAUGCCACACAUGUAUCUUUAAAUACUUGAUGCCAUAUCAGCCCAUUAUGAGACCAAAAAACUGUACAUAUUUACUAUUGAGGAAAUGACACACAUAAGAUAAAAUCACUAAUAUUCAUCAACAAAAGCAGGGGUGAGCAGGAAAACUGCUUUCUUAAUAGUAACCAUGACUAGCUGUAUAUUGGAAUGUAUUGAUAAGUGCACUCAUUGCUCAGUAUUGUAAACAUGCAUGAGCAUCAUCAUUGCAUUUUUACUUCUUUUUACGCUUGUGUGAUAAGAAUGUAAGAAAAAAACACUAUCAGACCACA